AUGCAGUCCUACGACGCAAACGAGCGGUUCAAGGUCGGCCCGAUUGCCGCCGAUGCUCAGUACGCGCUCGGGUCGGCCCCACCUUCGCCCCCUCCGACCUCGAUCGCAGCCCCUGUCACUCACCCACCUCCGCCGCCGCCCUCUUUAUCUUCGCCGUAUGCUCUCCCACAUCAAGCUCAAGUCGUGUCGCCUCCCUUGCCUCCCCUCCCUCUCCACGGCUACAGCCCCAACCCCGAAUCGACCCCCGUUGCUUCUUCCUCCACCGCCCCGUCCUCACUGGCGAGCUCGCUGCAACAGCUGAGUGGCGAGGCCGCCUUCCUGCCAACACCAAGGGCUACCGAAUAUCAACUUCAGCAAUCACUCCCGAUCGCAAGCACCUCGAAUGCACCCGAUCUCGCGACGGCCAGUUCGUCACCGGACGAAGACUAUAUCCCGGGCCUCAUGUCACCCCACCUCUUUGUUGUCUUACCUAACGUGAGCAGGCUCUUAGGACCGAAUGGAUGGUCGAACAGGUGAUUACAGGCUCACCCGAUUCUAUUCGGCUUUUGUCCGCAGACCGACAAUCUCACUCCUCUGGUCGAGAGGUACCUUGGUCCUUCGGCUCCACGUGACCUGAGCGGCGCGGACGGCAAGGGUAAGACCGUGCAAGAGCUGAUCGUUAGUCGCCACGUGAAACCAUGUAUCUCGAGCUCAGGCGCUGAUGUGAACAUUGCCAGCACACUCCAACAGACGGCACGAAAAUGGCGAGGACUGGCCGAGCUCUGUCACGAUGUCAUUAUGAGUUCCUCGCCAGAAGCGACAUCGUUUCUUCUCGGCGUCAGUCUACGCUCCUGGAGUUUCUUCCUGCGUGACCCCAAGAGUGCUGACCUCCAAUUUUCCAAUUUCAUCCUCUAGCACUGGGUUCUUCGACUUCACUGCCUGUUGCGACUGCAUCUCGUCGAGCACUUUGCCACAGAGCUCCUAGGGCUUAUCGCAAUCCUGCCGCCACUCGUCUCGCUCACUCCCCCACCUGCUCGACCCACGGGCAUCACUCCACCACGUUUCAUCCCCGUGAUCCCUUUCGAACUCCACGUCAUGCUCGCCACCCUACCCGCCCUCCGCAGCGAUCCAGAACGCUCAGUUGAUAACUUGAGCGUGUUGCUCAAGAACGUUCGCUGCGAGAUGUGGGUGUGCGAGUGGCGCGACGAGCACGAUUUUGCGCAAGAGUGGAAGACGAGGGCAGAGAGGAUCGCGGGUAUGAUCGCUGCAGCUUUAGUCGAGAUCAAGGUCGGUACUAUCGAGAUGCUGUGGUGCGAUAUUGGUCUGCGUUCUACUGACAACGAGAUGUCUUCUGUGGUGACCUAGGCCUAUCCUUCAGCAACCUACGUCCUGACCGCGGGCUCGCGUACCAAGCCUCUCUCUUCGGCCUUGCUCCCGGCUCUAACUCGACUGCAAUUCGCGACGGGCCACAUCAUGGGGCUAUCAAUGACUGUCGCCGCCUCGAAUGCACCGUCCAAACACGAUCGAACAAUGCGCAAGAUGUUGGCGUUGGGCAAGGUUGCUCGAGGGGAUUGGGCCGCCGCAGAGGCCGACUGGCGAGCACUCGUGCAGGAGGAUGACCGAGACGCCGAGGUACGCCCAAGCGACCGCACCAGCGCAGUGAGACCAUCAGCGCUAACAUCAUUCGAACUACAGGCUCUUAACAACCUUGCCGUCGUCUUGUUGUUCGCUUCCAGACUGAACGAGGUGAGUGGGACCUCGGCGACUUGACGCCGCAGCCUUUUCCGGAGAGACUCGGCUGAAUAACAAACGACCACCCGAUAACCUCGCGCAGGCGAUCAAUCUUCUCGCCCGUUUGUUCUCUACCAAGACAUCGACGGCAUAUGCUUCCGAAACGAUCAUUUUCAAUUACGCGAUUUUGCUCGAGCUACGGACCGAUAAGAGCAUGGGGCCCAAGGUGGAGCUGUUGAGAGGGGUUCUCAGUGGCCCCGGGGGAGAAGACGUGCGAUCGACUUGUUUGAAACUGGAAGCUUGA